AUUAGCUCUCUAUCGCACCCCUCCUUUUUAAUUUAACACCCCUAAUCUGCUUCAAUGAUCUUCAACCGCUAUCCCGCCAUGCCUUUCUUCCCGCGCAUACUCCCCAGACUUCGGCCACCAGCAAAACCAUGGCAUUGCCGCCAUCGAAAUCUCUCCCAUCAACAUCCCCAACCUCCAAUGGGAACGAUUAUUGGAGACCCAGAGGAUUUCUUUAAGUAUACAAGCGGACGAUGGCUUUGGGAUGAAGAAACACAGUUAAAAGAGCGAUACCGCAAAUUCGACAUAUACGAGCUGCAAAAAGCUGCCAUGGAAGCAACAUCUACUGGGUCCUGUAUGUCGAUGGAAAAGAUGGGAGAAGGAUCAUAUAACAAAUCCUUCUGUCUCACUAUGGAAAAUGGAACGGUAGUUGUCGCGCGAGUACCGAAUCCUAACGCUGGGCCUGCUUUCUUGACGACAGCAUCGGAGGUUGCGACUAUGGAUUUUUUGAGAAACACACUUCAACUCCCAGUACCUAAGGUGCUCGCUUGGAAUUCUACACCGGGCUCAAGGAGCCGGGUAGGCGCCGAGUACAUUAUCAUGGAACAUGCUCCGGGGAAGAAUCUUGCAGAUGCCUGGACAGAAAUGGAUACUGUGCAUAAAGCUCGCACAGUAAAGGACGCCAUUGAUGUUCAGCGAAAGUUGCUAUCUGUGAGAUUUUCCGAAUAUGGUUGCCUUUACUAUACCAAAGACGCACCAAGCGGUUCUCGCCCUGCAAUAGUUGAAGGUGAUGGCGUAUCAGACGAAGCCAAGAGUGACAUCGCCAAUCGAUAUUCCAUCGGACCAGUGGUAGACACAGAGUUCUGGAAGAAGGAGCGAGGGGAGAUGGAUAUCGACCGCGGGCCGUGGACGUCUGCGAUAACUUACAUCCAAGAUCCUGCUCAUCGAGAAAUAUCCUGGAUUGAAAAGCACGCGAAGCCGCGCUCCCCCGACGAUCCCCUUUUCGAAUCACACAGCCAAAACGAUCCCGCUGAACACAUAUCCCUUCUCCAGAGAUACAUCGCCAUUGCCCCUUAUCUGAUGCCACACGAAAAAGACAUUUUAGGAUCGUUCUUGUGGCAUACGGACCUCCGCACCCCCAAUAUCUUCGUCGAUGACAAUGGCAACAUCACCAGUAUUAUCGACUGGCAGAGCGCAAAAGCCGCCCCUUUGUUCCUACAAGGUCGGCAUCCACGUUUUGUCAACUACAACGGCGAAGUGAGAUUGAAAUUGCCUGAGGACUUUGACCAGCUCGACCAAGAUGCCCAAGCUGAAGUCAAGGACCAAGUCGCCAAGUCGACACUAAUAUAUCUGUACGAGAAAUACACAGCGAAAACGAACCCCCUUCUAGACAGAGUACUCCGAUACCCGAAUGGGAAGACACUAGCGCAGCCAACACACUACGUUGCCAAUACAUGGGAUGAAGAGAUCAUACCUUUUCGAGAAACUUUAAUUAGGUUGCAGAGGGAUUGGGACUCGUUGAACCAUGACGUCAAGUGCCCGAUUUAUUUCUCUCCAGAAGAUAUACGCAAACACCGUGAGGAUGGAAAAGAUUGGAAUGAAAUGCAGGACUUUUGGGAUGAAUUGUCGGGAAUCGUAGAGAGAGAUGGUUGGACGUCACAUGAUACAUAUGUUGAAGUGAAGCCUUAUUUUGACAAGAUUCAGGAUGAAAAAUCUUCUCAGUCUGGCCGCGAGGGAAAAAGCUAAAUAGGAUGGCCUCUGGACGGUGUUGUUUUGGCCUGUUUUGAGGACUGAAGACCCACGCCUACAGAAUUUGGGGAUAGACGCUGGAAACGAUGGGUAGAUGCCUCAACCACGCCUCGGAAUCAGUCAACAAGACAAGCAAACACACCAAGAGGAACAUGCUGGUUGGACGCCCGAAUAAGAUGCUCGGAGGGAGAGGUUUGAGCCGCAAGUAAUCGGCUGAUCAGGUUGUUUUAGGUAUCCUGAUUUGCCGUGAUGUCGACUUCUUCCUAUUUCCCUAUCUCCCUGAGAUUUGGCGUUGCUUCAUAUUGCGAUAUUGGGAUACAACUUUCUGGCUUCAUAUUCUUGCUUCAAUGGAAAGUAUCUACAUAGC